UGUUUAACUAACAGGUGAAAGAUUAGAUAUGUCACAUUUUGAACGACUUAUCACAACAGAGGCUAUCAGCUGAAGUGUGUGUUCGACAAUAUCCGCGUCACCAGCUAAAUCACUAUCUGUGGGCACAGCUUGAAUGACACGCCAAGGACCAUCGGGGAAGUCUCUUUACGACUUGAAGCAUCAAGGAGCAAAUGUCAGACCCAAGCAAGGGCUGUUUUAUGACCACAGAGCAAACAGUAAAUUCUGCAUGUGUGACAGAGGCGAUCACCACGGAGAUGUAUGGAUAAAGUUGGGUGAAUGACGGGUCAUCACACAAUGACAUAGAGGAACCACCUAGAGGUUUACUUCCUGUCAUGGUUUGUGAUGAGUGAACUGAUUUCUUAAUUGUGUCCGUCCCUUCAGACUGAGCUGAGGCCAGACGAGUGUGGUGAUAGAUACAGGAAGGCAGGUGCAUUGCCAUGUGCAUCCAAUAUUUCCAGUGAUAGUUUAAUUCUUCAAAAACGAGUUCGAUGAAUGGAAACGCAAUGCAUGUGUUCGCAUGAACCUACGAUGAAUUGUUGUGUGUGCUGAGAAAGGUUCCCGAAGUUCCUGAAUUUCGUUUGGUUCUGUUCCAAUCAACAUCAACAGAAUUUCGUUGGUCUUAUGCGGCUUUCCAGGGGACCCCCUUUAGGAUAUUGACGCCGAAGAGAAGUGUUGUGUUUACUGAAAACAGUUCAUAAAAGACGUAGUAUUACGUUACAGCAGUGAAAAAGGAUAUCUGCAGAAAAUUAUUUGAACUGAAAGGCCAAAUUGUUUCCUUGUGCGACAGAAAUAUAACACUGGCACGACGCCAUUUGGUACCCUGAGGGGGUGCAGGCUAAAACGGUUUCUCGGACGAAGACGGUACCGCAUUUGACGAAAACGGCUGCUAUGUGUCGGGCGAAAACGGCAUCUCUAUUUUUACAAACAAAAAGCGAACCAGUCUCUAAAAGGCACGUGGCAAUUACAAGAAAGUAACUUGAUCGACUGUUGUCAAUCCAGUAUAUUGGUAUUGAUGUAUUGCUGUGUUUCUUUAACUGUAAGGUGUUUCAAAGAUAUUAAUAUGUCACGAGCCAAUUAAUAUUAUUAUAACUAACAAUACAUUACGUCAUCAUCAAGUAUAUCUCUUUAUACAUUGCCAAAAGGUUGAUGGUGACAGUUGUGCUUGCGAUUUGUACUUCCGGUGAAACGCCAUGAUGGACAGUUUCCUGCUUGUUAAUACCAACAAUAUUACUUGGAAAACUGCGACCGUCCCCACAGCAGGAUGAAUAGUAUCAUAUCUUACAGACAACAACCCAGUGGGCGCAUCUGUGGCAGAUCCAUAUGAACUACAAAUCUCAUUACUUUCUGAUGUUCCUCUGUCGCGUAGAUCGGACAUCAAAGUGCGUAUUGAUGUUUCCGUGUAACCCGGUGUAAUGCCGGCACUGUGUGGGCGCCGGAAUAGGUUGUGCUAUUGCAUAACAUUAUACGUCUAUGACAGCACCACAAAGCCACAGGAGGCUUCUGUAGACGUUGAUGAAAGUUAUGGUAAUUGAAAGCGGAAAUCAAAUUAUCAAGGACUGCUAUUACCUUUCAUUGUCCUUUGAUUACAUGCAGGGUUUAAAAGCAAUUGUACCUAAAACAGUUGCUUGCUCUGAUAAUCGAUUCUCACCAAUGUAAUCCACAAUACGAAGUCUUGGUUUGCUUAGGGACCAGAGGAUUUCGAGGGGGUCCUUUUCACAUUUACAUUGUUCUUCUGAUCGGAACGUUUAAUCAAGGCAAACUACAGAUGCCGUUGACAAGCAGAUAAUCUGUUGUUCAGGGAUAAUCUUUGACAAGCCUGCGUACAACCAUUAUACUCUACACUUUCAUGACAUGGCAAUCGUCCCUGACAUCAUGUGGUUGUAGGGAAAUAUUGAAAUGACUAUGAGUAAUUCACGCCAUCUUCGAAGACCAAGAGACCAGAGAGUACACUGUGCGCUCUCUGGCGGCGGCAGAACAUCUUCAAAAUCGAAGGCCGUGACCUUUGAACAUGAUAUUGGACGUGACCUUGAAACAUGGCGUCUGUUGUGGCAGCGACUUCUACGGCAGAGGCGUAUGCAGAAGAUGGUGGACACCGUCAUGGAGUCCCAACGCUUCUACGAAGACUACGCCCGCCAGAGAGACAAGGACGCGGAGGAACACAGAGAAAAAGACCCACCUCCAAUCUUCAACAAACGUCUGUUCGUCUCCACCGGAAAUGUCGUCAUCACGAAUGAGGCGAGAAGAAUAAUGUCACGUAACGGACGCGUAAGACCAAACUGCGAACCGGAACCGCUCACAAAAUCAGAGUUGAUGGUCAUGCGCAGUGUGGUUGAAGGUUUAAAACUCGUGCACAAAGGUCACGACUAUGUCAAGGACGCGUUGAGUCACGUGAUAACGUUUGAAUCGUAUGGAGCGUUUCAGUACAUCGUGAAGAGACCCUAUGAAGAGUGUCUGUCUUGCUAUUACAUAGUCCAAGGAGGUGUGGAAGUGACCUAUGACAUGAAAAUGGCGGAGACACGCAGUGUUUAUCAGCCGAAUAUCAUCUACAAUCACGGCACGGGGGAGUUCCUUGGCUUAGUGUCGUUGGAAGGGCUUAGCGAGGAUAUGUCCCCUCCCGCUACGGUCUAUACGAAGGAGAGGUGCGAGUUUCUCAGGAUUGACAGACAAAAGUUUCAUUCUAUUGUGGAGAAAUACUCAGAGUUGUAUGAUGAAGAAAAACGUGCAUUCAUGUCACGUGGUCACUGUGUCCUAUCGCGCAUGCCCGAGGAAUCGAAAGAGAAGAUACUGGAUAAGAUUUACCGACAGGACUUGGCUCCCAAUCGUCAGGUCAUAGCACAAGGGGACUCAUCGGAUUUCAUCUUCUUCGUUUAUUCGGGUCGCUGUCAGCUUUACAAAGAGGUGUACGUCCCGGAAACUGGUCAGAAGUCCAACUUCCUUCUUACUUCUUGUGAAGAAGGAAGUUUUUUCGGCGAAGAGUGCAUCCUCGAUAAAACGGGGAGUUACUGCACCGCCACAACGGCCUCGCAUACGACCAUCUUCAAGGUACACAAGUCAGCGUUUGAAAUAGUCAGCAAAGAUCACCUUCAUAAUCUCAUAGAACAGCAUCGUAAUGAAUACCCGGAUGAGCACGAUCUGCGUGAACGAGGCUACACUAUACAUACUUGGAAUGACUUCAAACACAAGGCUGUCCGACAGUGUCUGGAAGAACGGGGGCACUUGAAGUACAUGAACACACGCGACCCGCGCAUUGUGCGCACAAGACCACCGACAGCAUGUGAGAGGAACAAAGAAAACAUGUAUCGGUUCAUGGUGAAAGGUGGACGAUAUGAGCCAAUGCGCGUGCGUGAAAUCUCAGCUCAUACUACUUCCGGUUCAUCUUCACGCGGACCUUCCCGCCCUCGCACUGCCAUCGGCCUCCGCCACAGCACACCCCUCUCCAACCGGAGCGCCGACACACGAGAUAAAGACCCCACGGAUGACGACCCUGAGACUGUGGACAGCCUGCGACUGAGUGGAUCCAUCACGCAGAUGCCCUCUGACAUGGCACGUGUUCUCGCAAAGCAUGUCGGGAAGCAAAUGUCAAAGGACCAGAUUCAGCAGAUACUACGGGAGGGAGACUGCAGAGAGCUACUGAAACUCUUGGAUGAGAGCAGUGAAGUGGGGAGACAACUCCGUAUGGCCAUGGAAGCACCUUCGGGAAAAGAGGGAUUUACAAAGACAACGGUUUUGAUGACGAUGAAGACGGAUGACAUCGUGCGGAAGGCGAAAGAAAUGGCCGAGAGCAAGGGCGAUAACCGCAGCAAUGACAUAGACGACGACGGCCAAGAAUGGAACACUGUCCUCCACGAAGAAAACAAACACGCCAAAGCCCAGAUAGCAGCAGACAGAUUCCGAGUUGCGCAUCUCUCACGGAAGAUGAAAGCCCUUACGAAGAGACGGGAAACUCUCAGACAGAAGCUUGCUCCCAAGCAGACGACAGAACCGCCGCCACCGCCGCCGCCACCACCCAAGACGUUCAUCCUGGACAAGAUCCAGCAGGAUUACCAGGGUCUCCAUCCAGAGGAAGCCAAGAAGAAGACCCAAACAAUAGGACUGACCGCCCUCUUCCUAGCACGGAACCUAUCUAGGAGACACCGCCAGUCUUCCGAUACAAGCUUACUUCAAGAAUCCGGUGAGCGCAGGAACGAGGCUGUUGAAACGCUUGCAACGCAUGACAACAAACGGCCGAUCAGCGCCCCAACAUCCAUGAUGAACCUUACAAGGCACACAGCAGUGCGCGAUCUCAAGAUCAAGACCAAACCAGACACAAAGGGGAGACAAUCCGGCCUGACACGUGAUCAGCUCAAACCUCCAAUGGUGGUCCGAAAAAUCAAAACAGAACAAACAAAAAUAGCACCUCGUCCUGCGCUGCCUAGACCGAGACAGUUCCUGUCCUAGCACGUUCAUACCCGGAUGUAGACUAUUCCUUGAGGAAAUGAUGGUUGUGUUUUGCCAUUUAACCCCCUUUGACACCACUGCCUGAAUAGAGUGUGGCCUCAGGGUACCUUAACGCUUUGCUACAGCAACAUCGUCGAUCUACGUCAUUACACAGUGGCCAGUCAGAUUAACAGAGUCCAGUUAAACAGGGUCCAGUUAAACAGGGACGAGACGAUUUAUAAUGAUUUAUAAAGGCAGCCUCGGCCAAAAUCCCGAAGACACUUCUUUAUAGAUGAAAUCACAAUCUGGAGACUUGUCGAGUGUGUGUGAAAUGGGGAAGAAGCAAUGUCUGCUCAACUAGAGUCAAUAUGGCAGUCCCAGUCUAAUCUAUGGAGAGGAGCCCACCUUUAAGAUCAAACCGCCAUCGGGACUGAAGUCGAGUGUGUGGUCUCGUCACAAGAGGUUAUCUCAUCUUGGCUUUCACAAACUCCAUAAGCGAAUCACCAGCUACGUUAACAUUGAUGCCAGGGGCAUAAUUUCCGUGUCUAUCAGACAAUCAACGAGGGGAUGGAUUAAAAUUACUCAUCCUAAACUUAAUAUAAAAGCGAAAUACGGAUGACAAUUGUGUCAUGGAGAAUUAACGUAAAUGUGUCCCAUGUGGAGUAAUUCAAACUUGGACUGUUUCCAGGUCAAGUCACAAGUUGUAGACAAUAUGUGAAAAUAAAACAUAAUAAUCUCAGAAACA